GGUGUCGACGUGGCGCAUCCGACGCCAACUCCGCGCACCGCCAGUCUCUGAAUGACCGUCGUUGCCUACGCUAGCAAAAACUGCUCGCAUUCUUACUGCUGGAAUUAAUAGAUCGAGUCUUUCACAGAUUACAGAUGGGCAUGAUAACCCGCGUCAGAAAGCGCCUGCAGACGCUGCACUUGUUGGCCAAGAUGGAUUCGCGUCUGCAGGAAGAGAAGACUGCACAGUCAGUGUGGCUGCUGUCGGCGGUGCUGCUGCUGCCGUACCUGGCCCGCGCCAGCCACGCGUCGCUGCUGUUCGGCGGCGUGGGGCUCGCCUACUCGUGCCUGGUGCUGCCCAUGGUCAUCUCGGCCAGCUACAAGUACCCCGUCAGGCCGCUGUUCUCCGCGCUCUAUGCAUUAUCGGGCCUUGCUGGAUGGUGGGCAGUGGCAGUGGAGCCUGUCACCAACUUCCUGUGGAAGGUGUACGCCCCACUUGAACGCGUGGAGCGGUGUAUCAUGAAGAUGGCCAACAUCCUCUCCAUGAUCAACCAGCUGACGUUCUUCACGCUGUGCGACCGUCUGCUGAUGCCGGGCCAGCGGCUGACGUGCCUGUACUCGCUCAUGUUCUACAACGUGGUGGCGUACUGCGCCUCCUACAUCAAGGAGCUCAUCGAGAAGGAGGACUGGUCGCCGUACGUGACGAUGGCCGAGCACUCCAACAUCAAGCACCUGGCCAUGUCCGCCACCAAGAUCGUGCUCGAGUGGACCAAGGCGGUGACGUUCGUCAUCACGGUGGUCUUCAUGCUGCUCGUGUUCGGACUGGAGCAGGGCCUGCAGCACUACCAGCCCACGGUCCUCUACACCGUCGUCACCUGGAUCUACUACAUGGCCACCGAGAAGGUGUUUGUAGACAUGUUCCCAACAUUGCUGUCAUUCCUGCGGUUGGAUGUCCUGGAGUCUCUGGAAGCCCUGUGGGCGCCAGUGCUACUGCGUGCGGGCACUGCAGGAAUUUCACUGCUGGCAGCACUCGCAGUUGCCAUGCUGCAAUAUGCACGUAAUGGAAGCCAUGGCUGGGUACGGUUGGUCGUAUUUGCGUUGUACUUCAACGUGCACCUGCGGCUUCGAGAGCUCUGGCUGGGUCCACUGCGGCAGCUGCGUGCUGAACAGGCAGUUCUGAUGCGUUUCAGGCCUGCUUUACCAGAAGAGCUGGCAGCACAUGAUGAUGUGUGUGCUGUCUGCCUCAGUCCUAUGCCACGCAGAGCACGUGUUACACCCUGCCAGCACAUGUUCCACGCAGAGUGCUUACGACUGUGCCUCAAGACCUCUGAUAAUUGUCCUAUCUGCAAACGAGAGUACACAUUCUGCUGAUACUGAUACUGCUGUUGCAAUGAGUGGAAUUUGAAACCAGUUGAAAGUGUGAUAUGUGAAUUAGAUUGGUCUGGAUGUUAUAAAGUGUUCAGUGACACAACUUCAGAGCAGAAGUAGUUAGUGGUAAUAAAACCAAUUAUUUAUAUUCAUAUAUAUUUUUUGAAAGGAGAUAUCAUUUGAUACAUGAAUGCUACCAGUGCUGAAAUUCCUAGUAAGGGCAGAUGGAGGAAGUGAAGUAAUUGUUUUUAUGUUUUUCUGUAUUCAGUUGUAUUAAGCUUUCAAGGUGCGUUCAAGUUAAUUAUCAGCUGAUGUGUUAAUGAUUACAUUUUGCACUGAAUAAGCAGGUGUCCUGAGUAUGUGGGUCACUGGCCUAAAGUGUACAAUGAACAAAUGUACAAAAUAUGUUGUGGAGUAUUGCACAUACUGCACAAAAAGUAUUAAUCAAUAGAGGAGCACAUUUUGAUGCGUAAAUUUCAGAAAAUUUCUAUAACGUAUCUAAGUUUGUGUAUUAAAUAUGAUUAUUAAUAUGGAAUUUGUUGUGAUACUGUUAUUUCUAGAUACAGAGCAUUGACACAGAAGAGGUAUUCUGCAGAAUUAAAACUGUGUAGCCUAUAUAUUCAUUUAGUAUAGCUAUUACUGGUCACUACAGGGUAGUUUAACACACAUGCAAUAGUUUAUUUCUGUUUAAUGUAACAUUAAGGAUGUAGUAUUGUAAUGGAUAUAGAUGCUGAAUUAAAUUAGAACUAGCCAUUGGGUUAUACUCUUCAUGUCCAUCAUUAAUGCAACUAUGUUUUGUGAUUGCAGUCAUAAUUCUACACAAGUACAAAAACUUGGUAUCAAUAUCUUUUGUGGGACCAGAUACUCCUAAUAUUAAUUCAAAAGAAAUUCAAUGACAUUUUCAUCACAUUUUGGAAAAAGUUUUCUUAAUUAAUGUAAGUAGUGAGUAAUUUUAAACACUAGCUGCUUCCAACUGUAGUGUUUCCCCCCCACAUAGGAAAUGUAUCUCAUGAAGAGCUCUGUGUGUGCAAUACACUAAUUUUAGAAUUGUUGACGUAAUAAUGAUGAAAGAACUACCAGUCUGAAUGCUAUAAUAGUAUCUUAAGAUGGCAUGUUGGCCCAUGGGUCUCAAAUUGUUUGUGGCAAUAGUCAAAAUCAUUCAUAUGUUACUGAAAUAUUAGAUUGUAACAUGCAGAGUAUAAAUGGUAAUUGUUUCAAACACACCACAGUGGUGUAGGUGAAGUGGAGACAAACAAAAUUAUAUAACACAUUUGUAGUCUAUCAAUCCAAGAAACAUCCUUAAAUUAACCUACAAAACCCACCCCUGCUAGCCGGAUGGAAGGGCCGAGCAGUUCUAGGCGCUACAGUCUGGAACCGCGCGACUGCUACGGUUGCAGGUUCGAAUCCUGCCUCGGGCAUGGAUGUGAGUGAUGUCCUUAGGUUAGUUAGGUUUAAGUAGUUCUAAGUUCUAGGGGACUAAUGACCUCAGAUGUUAAGUCCCAUAGUGCUCAGAGCCAUUUGAACCAUUUUUGAACCCCCUCUGCUAAAACAUGUGUACUCGUCAUGAUCUUUUGGCUCACAUGAUCUUCUGCCUAAUUGUCCAAGAAUAUGUUAUACCCCUUCUCCAUGUGCUUACAAAAUAUAUGAUUAACAUUACCAUGGGUUUAAUGAAAGAAAUAAAGCUAAUUACAUUUGCAAUUCAAUCAAAAUGUAACUCUUACUAGCACAGUAGUUUCAUAGUAAGAAGGCCGAACAAUCAAAAUAAUUUAAUUGUUAAUUAUAUGCUGUUAAAAUUCACAAUGUUAAGGGGUAAAAUUUACCCCUGUGUUAAUCUUACAUUGUAUAAGUGCAAGAACAUGGGGUUUUUAAUAUUCAAGAAUGACUUUUGCCAAAAUUUCAAGCAAUGCGCAUGCCCUGUAGCUUAGGUGGCUACUGGAACCUAUUUGAGGCUGUUUCCUGUCUUGAUGGAUCAAAAAUAUCCUGUAUCAAUUUGCUCAUUUCAACUUCACCUGCACCACUGUGGAGCAUUGUAAACAAUUAUCGCUUACCUACAUCAUGUAUAAAGCUAAGCACAGGCACAAAUGCCUUCUUGAAAUCUGCUUUAACAACUGGGAAGGGAAAUAUGAAGGGACAUUUUACUGUUAUAUUUAUCAAUCUGGAAAUUGUCGCUAAAAGCUUUCAUGCAAGUACAUUUACUUCAUUAACAAUACAAUCAGUACAAUAUAACAAGGAGGAACAGAAAUCUAAACUGCAUUAGUAAAAGCAAAUUUGAAAUGUGUAAUUCUCAGUGUGUUUGUAGAGAGAGCUUUAGAACACUGAAGGGUGAUACACAUGAGAAGUAUGAGUUGUGGUUUAGCUUCAAGUUUAAAUUUGCCUGCCAUCUUUAAACAAUGUGAUAACCAUUUUGUGUCCAUAUUUGCCAUAUAUAAACUACACUGUUUUUAUAUUCUGCUAAUGCUGUCCUUAUUUUGUAAAAUGUUAGCUACUAAUGCAAUGUUCAAAUUUCCUCACGUACUAAUCUGACAGCUACUGUGCCAGUGCAUUUUACCUACAAAAUAUUUUCACUGUUUUCAGAGAGUGCAUAAUGUGUUAUGGGAUGUACCAGAUUAGUUUAAGGGCUACCAGUAAUGGAAUAAGUAGGCUAUAAGAUUUUACAAUAAAAUAAAUAAUAAUAUAUUAACAGAUAGACUGUAGAAAAUCAUACUGAAUUAUCUCAUUUUCACAUGCAGAUUUCUAUAAAGGAUAAGCUAGUCUCAGUGGUAUGUAGAUCAUAUUGCCUUGAGCAGCAUACCAAAAUGAGCUUCAUGUCCACUCAGUUUAUGGUGCUUCCACAUAUAAGCCUAUUACAUGGCAUUCUAUUUUCAAAUUUCAAUAAGUAAGUUUCAAGGAGCUUGUUAUACAUAAUUAGUAAUUAAAAUGAAUCCUGUGUGCCUGUAUAUGCACUUGCAUAGAUAGCUUAAAGACUGUGAUAGAGUGAACUUUGUACUUACUAGCACUACAAACAAUAUCUAUACUCAGUAGAAAAUGUAGUAACAAAAACUGAAAUAUUCAACUUUAGCACAAAACACAUUAUUGCAAACUUCAUUUUGUUUAAAUGAUAAGCAAACCUGAGAUGGCAGAUCAUUCAUUUACUUUGUGUUACAAAACUUGUAUUAUUUUUUAUAUGCAUUAUUUUAUAACUAAUGUUUAAUAAAUACAUUAUUUUUA